AUGGAUGAUCAAAGAGUAGCGCAGGUAUCUCAACAACGACAACCAAGACCACGAUUUCAUUUUACGGAAGAGCACUUGGGGUUGCUGGAGGGCAUAUAUCAACAGGCAAAAUAUCCUGAUAAAUCACAAAAAGUUAAAGCUGCAGGCGCUAUAGGUGCUACCGAAUCCCAGGUGAACGAAUGGUUUCAACGAAGAAGAAAGAAAGAAAUGAAAUUGCAAAGAGAACAAGGUGCCACUAAUUUACCUACCACAACUGUCACAACUACCACACCUACCACAACUACAACAGCUCCUUUUAUUAACGUUGCCGCCGAAAGUAAUAUCGAACAUAGUACUGAAACUACCUCACCAUAUUUUUCUCCUUUUGAUGGAGGACCAGUAAUGUCCUCAAUUCCAGAUCAUGAAGUUUACGUGUAUAUAUCAGAUCCACCUCAACAAACUCAAGAAAAUAUGUACAAUACUUCUGCCAAUUUACUUCCUGGCUCAAUACCAACUGAACUACAAUAUUAUAAUAAUUUUAUAUCUCCUGAAUAUAUGAGUAACGGUAAUAAUAAUAUAGUUAAUAGUAAUAAUUUCGCUAGUAGUAACACAAAUAGUACAAUGACAAGUAAUAAUUUCUCUAGUAAUAGUACAAGUAUAAAUAAUAAUAUGAGUAACAAUUUCGCUAAUAACAAUACAAGUAUUAAUCAUUUUCCAAGUACUAUUAAUUAUGACAACAAUAUUAUAGCUAGUGUAAAACUUGAUGAACCACGAAAAACAAACUCUAAUCAAAAUUCUGAAAACAAUGAAUCGAGAGAGCUUAUUGCAAGUAUAAUGACAUACCUAAAUCAUGAUUUGGGUUUAAUUUCUACUGAUGUUGUCAAAGAUUUUCUUAAAAAGGUUAAAGACACUUCACCAAAUACGCGUGGCGUUAUUUUACAUAUUAUAAAACAAACUCAUCAUCCGGAAAUUUUGAAAUCGCUUGUACGCGAACGCGUUAGUUACAUACUGAGAAAUUGGAUUAAGGAGGAAGCGACAAAAACUGAUGAAAAUAAUAAUUUAAAAGAGCUACUCGAAAUUGUAAGCCUGCUACCUAUCGAUUACACUUUAUCUCGUUCUAGUGGUCUUGGAACGGUCAUCUAUAAUAGAAACGUAAAAGAAUCUACUAUUGAUGGGGUUGCAAAGUUAGCUGGAAAACUCCUUGAUAAAUGGGUCGAAGAGAAGAAACAAUUGGAAGAACAACAAUUAAAAGAACAAAAAGAACAAAAAGAAUUAAAAGAAUUAAAAGAACAAAAGGAAUUAAAAGAACAAAAAGCACUCGAAGAAAAGAAAAGGUUAGAAAAAGUGGAAAAAAGCAAUCAAAAAAUUAAUUCAAAAUCGGAUCUGGCCAAACCUUCGACAAUUCAAUCUACCCAAACUUCGUCUAGCGGAAGAGAAUUAGUUAGACCUAAACCUGCCGACCAAAAAAGGAAAAAAGCCGCUGAUGCACAGAAUGAAAAUGAAAAGAACGAAAAACCUAGUAUCUUUACUCAAUUGCUUAGUAAUUUAGCUGCGUCUGCGUCCAAAAGACAAAUUCCUAGGCCACCUCAAAAAGAUCCAUCGAAAUUAAUACCGACUUCAAAGCAAAAAAUUGAAAAACAGGUUACACAUAAUCUGCAGGCAGAAACUUCUGACGAUAGCUCAUCUAUUCAAAAACAUAAAGAGCCCGAAAUAUCAUCUAUUCCUUCUAAAAAAAGGAAACGGGUUACAUUUGCUCCUGAUGGCCUACUUGAAAAAGUAAAAUUAUUUGAAGUAAUAGAUCCUGAAGAUUCUGAUGAAGAGCCGACUACGGCCGAUACUCCACAUCACUACGGAAAUGCUCGAGAUCUUGAUAGGAAUGAAGGUCGUGCAGCUUUCAAACGAGUUCGUAAAGCACCAGUUAUUCAGUGGCAUAUACCACUUACAAUUGAUCUAUCUUCUAGACCAAAAAUAAAAAAACGAAAAUCUGCUGAAAGUGAGGAAGCGAGAAUUCAAGAGGAAAGAGAAAGGCAGAUACUUGAAACAAUUUAUAUUACAUCAGAUCAAGUUCCCUUUACUCCUGCAGAACCUCCUCAUAAUUAUCAAAUAAAUAAAUAUAAUCAGUCAUUAUCUCCCAAAGAAUUAUUUCUUGAAGAAAAUAAAGAAAAUUUUAAACAUGAAGUUGAUAAAGAUAUUGAUUUAUUAGACUUUAAUGGCUAUAAUGAAGAAGUAUUGCGAGUACUUUAUCAAGUCUAUCCAAAAUGGGAAACGAUGCAAAAUAAAAAUUUAAAUAUUUUCCCUCCGGAACCCCCAAAGAUGGUACAAAACAUGCCACCAAGGGGGAUGAUGAUACCACCGGGUCAACCUUUCUCUGCACCACCACCACAACCUCAAGUUGCACCACCACCAAUGCCGCUCGCACAAUGGGGUUUCAAUCAGGGAAAUAUGAUGCAUUACCAGCAACAUCACCAGCAACAGCAGCACCAGCAACAGCAACAGCAAAUCCAGCAACAGCAAAUCCAGCAACAGCAAAUCCAGCAACAACAACACCAACAACACCAGCAACAUCAGCAACAGCAGCAACAGCAGCAACAGCAACAACAGCAGCAGCAGCAGCAGCAACAGCAGCAGCAACAGCAACAACAUAAUCACCAAACUUCAAAUGUUGUUCCUCAGCGGUAUCAACCUCAACCUUCAUCUAAUCAACAGAACUUUCAACCUCCAAAUAGAGGUGGUGAUGGUGUGAUUAGGCCAAACAGGGGUAGAGGUUCGGAAUGUUGGUAUUAUACCCGAGGAAAGUGUAAUAUGGGCGAUGAUUGUAAAUUUUUACAUAUUGAUCAUUAG